CCGGGACGAGGCGGCGGCGGCGGCGGAGGCGGCGGCGCGGGGCGCUAGGGCUGAUGGCGGCGGCGGCCGGCCCCGGGACGGCGCUGUCCCCGCGGCCGUGCGACAGCGACCCGGCCACCCCUGGAGCGCCGUCCCCGAAGGAUGAUAAUGAAGAUAAUUCAAACGAUGGGACCCAACCAUCCAAGAGGAGGCGAAUGGGCUCUGGAGAUAGCUCUAGGAGCUGUGAGACUCCAAGUCAGGAUCUCGGCUUUAGCUACUAUCCAGCAGAAAAUUUGAUAGAGUACAAAUGGCCACCUGAUGAAACAGGAGAAUACUAUAUGCUUCAAGAGCAAGUCAGUGAAUAUUUGGGUGUGACCUCCUUUAAGCGGAAAUAUCCAGAUUUAGAGCGACGAGAUCUGUCUCACAAAGAGAAGCUCUACCUGAGAGAGCUGAAUGUCAUCACAGAGACUCAGUGCACUCUAGGUUUAACAGCAUUGCGCAGUGAUGAAGUGAUUGAUUUAAUGAUAAAAGAGUAUCCAGCCAAACAUGCUGAGUAUUCUGUUAUUUUACAAGAAAAAGAACGUCAGCGAAUUACAGAUCAUUAUAAAGAGUAUUCUCAAAUGCAACAACAGAAUACUCAGAAAGUUGAAGCCAGCAAAGUGCCCGAGUACAUUAAGAAAGCUGCCAAAAAAGCAGCCGAAUUUAACAGCAACUUGAACCGGGAGCGCAUGGAAGAGAGAAGAGCGUAUUUUGACUUGCAGACACACGUGAUCCAGGUGCCUCAAGGGAAGUACAAAGUGUUACCGACAGAGCGAACCAAGGUCAGUUCUUACCCAGUGGCCCUCAUCCCGGGACAGUUCCAGGAAUAUUACAAAAGGUACUCAGCAGACGAGCUGCGGUAUCUGCCGUUAAACACGGCCCUCUACGAGCCCCCGCUGGACCCUGAGCUGCCGGCCCUGGAUAGCGAUGGUGACUCGGACGACGCCGAGGACGGUCGAGGCGAUGAGAAGCAGAAACAUAAAGGCACUUCGGACAGUUCCUCCGGCAACGUGUCUGAAGGAGAAGGCCUUCCCGACGGCCAGGAGGAGCCUCUCCCAGGAAGACAGAGAUCCAAGGACAAAGCUGCUACUCCAAGAAAAGAUGCUUCCAAACGUUCUGUACUGUCCAAGUCAGUCCCUGGGUACAAGCCAAAGGUCAUUCCAAAUGCUCUAUGUGGAAUUUGUCUGAAGGGUAAGGAGUCCAACAAGAAAGGGAAGGCUGAAUCACUUAUACACUGCUCCCAGUGUGAUAAUAGUGGCCACCCUUCUUGCCUGGAUAUGACCAUGGAGCUUGUUUCUAUGAUUAAGACCUACCCUUGGCAGUGUAUGGAGUGUAAAACUUGCAUUGUAUGUGGACAACCCCACCAUGAAGAGGAAAUGAUGUUCUGUGAUGUGUGUGACAGAGGUUAUCAUACUUUUUGUGUGGGCCUUGGUGCUAUUCCAUCAGGUCGCUGGAUUUGUGACUGUUGUCAGCGAGCCCCCCCAACACCCAGGAAAGUGGGCAGAAGGGGGAAAAACAGCAAAGAGGGAUAAAAUAGUUUUUGACCCCAAUAUUGUAAUAUGGAUUUAAAUGAACUACUUGGUGCCAAUUUAUUUACAUUCUUGAUUUUAUGCCAAUAAAAGAUUUCUGAAAUUCA